AUUAACUGUAUAUUUUCAUUUAACAAGUGAGAAGUGAACAACCAAUUCACUUCUAUAGUGGAAAUCAAGGUCAUCUAAGUCAGAAAGCACUCCUUAUCCUCUUAGUAGUUGUAAGGUUAUUUUUCAAACUAAUUUAUAAAAAUCAGAAAUAUUUCAAAAAAGUGCAUAUAAAAAUGAAGAUCAAAUUUAGAACAAACAAACCGCCCUUAAGUGGUGUUUUAUUAAUAGAGUAUCUGAAAUCUUUGUCAGAUGAAUCUUUUCUGAUUGAAUGGGGAAAUGAGUCCAUCAUUGUAGACACUCAUAACGUAAAUUAUGAAACGUCUAACGAUCUUUUGCGAUAUUUAGCUAGAAAAUAUGUUACUUAUGGACUAUAUGGUCAUAGUGCCACUGAUAGGACUGAGGUGGAUCAUUGGUUAACAUUCUCAAUAGGUCCUCUAACUAAUAACUCUGAUAUAAAUACAGCUUUUCAACAUUUAAAUAAAAUUUUGGGAUCUGCAACAUAUCUAGUUGCAAAGAAAAUUAGUAUUUCUGACUUUGCAGUCUUUGCAGCACUAUAUGUAAAUAAGGAGUGGCAGUUGCUGGUGUCUAAGAAAGAAGCUCCUGUUCAUCUUUUGAGAUGGUACAAUCAUAUAAAAGAGCUGCAAAGUACUCAAAAAGCUUUAGAAUUUUUGCCAGAAGAUGUCAAAAGUGCCUUAACAUCACGUGAGAGAAAUGCAAAUACACCUGGGGAAAGAAAAGAAGAAGGAAAAUUUGUUGACCUCGAUGGGGCAGAAAUGGGAAAAGUUGUGGUGAGAUUUCCCCCAGAAGCUUCAGGGUAUUUGCACAUUGGACAUGCAAAAGCUGCUCUUUUGAAUCAAUAUUAUCAACAAGCGUUUAAAGGGAAAUUAAUAAUGCGUUUUGAUGAUACAAAUCCUGCCAAAGAAAAUGUGCACUUUGAAGAAGUAAUCCUACAGGAUGUGGAAAUGUUAGAAAUCAAACCAGACAAAUUUUCGUUUACUUCAGAUUAUUUUGAUUUAAUGUUACAAUAUUGUGAGAAACUAAUCAAAGAUGGAAAGGCCUAUGUCGAUGAUACUGACCCAGAAAUUAUGAAGCAAGAAAGAGAGCAGAAAAUUGACUCAGCCAAUAGAAGCAAUUCUAUUGAAAAGAAUUUACAGUUGUGGGAAGAAAUGAAGAAAGGCACACCAUUAGGGCAAAAGUGCUGCGUUCGCGCUAAGAUUGAUAUGCAAUCUCCCAAUGGCUGCAUGAGAGACCCAACUAUUUAUAGGUGUAAGAAUGAAGCCCAUCCAAGGACCGGAAAUAAAUAUAAGGUAUAUCCCACGUAUGAUUUUGCGUGUCCAAUUGUGGAUUCAAUUGAAGGUGUCACGCACACAUUACGUACGAUGGAGUACCACGACAGAGAUGUGCAAUUUUAUUGGUUUAUCGAUGCCCUAAACCUCCGGAAACCCAUCAUUUGGGAAUAUAGCAGACUAUCAAUGACCAACACAGUGCUCAGUAAACGUAAACUAACUUGGUUUGUGGAAAACAAUCUGGUGGAUGGCUGGGACGAUCCGCGAUUUCCAACGGUAAGAGGUGUCUUAAGAAGAGGUAUGACAGUAGAGGGUUUGAAGCAAUUUAUAAUCGCCCAAGGUUCUAGUCGGUCUGUGGUAUUCAUGGAAUGGGACAAAAUAUGGGCAUUUAAUAAAAAAGUAAUUGACCCCAUAGCACCACGAUAUACUGCAGUUGAAAAAGAAAAUUGUGUACCUGUUCUGGUAAAAGAGGCAAAGGAGGAGCCUCUAAAUGUUCCUCUUCAUCCUAAAAAUCCCGACGUGGGUUCUAAACAAGUUUGGGUGGGACCGCGAUUACUUAUAGAUUAUGCAGAUGCUGUUGCAUUGAAAGAAGGCGAAAAUGCAACGUUUAUCAACUGGGGUAAUCUUUUAAUUAAAAAAAUCAACAAGGAAAAUGAAAAGGUUGUAUCUAUUGAAGCAGAAACAAACUUAAACAACAAAGAUUUUAAGAAAACCCUCAAACUUACAUGGCUUGCAGAAACCGAUAAGGCCCAAUUUACUCCUGCGUUUUGUGUAUAUUUUGAUCACAUAAUCAGUAAACCAGUUUUAGCUAAAGAUGAAGAUUUUAAACAGUAUAUCGGUCACGAAACAAGGAAAGAAGUGGAAGUACUGGGAGAUCCCGAAUUAAGGAAAUUGCAUAAAGGAGACAUCAUACAGAUACAAAGAAAAGGAUUUUUUAAAGUGGACGUUGCUUAUAAACCUGCUGACCUUUACACUUGUAAAGAAACACCUGUUAUUUUAUUCUCUAUUCCUGAUGGACAUACCAAAGAAAAUCCCACUUCUGGGACACUUAAGUCCUCAUCUACAAUCAAACAACUUAAAAAUGGACCUAUACCCACUGAAGAAACAUCAUUAUCACUAAAUCAAGACAUUACUAAACAAGGAGACAUUGUGAGAAAUCUAAAAUCUCAGAAAGCACCCAAAGAUCAAAUCGACGCAGCAGUUAAAAUUUUAUUGGAUCUCAAAAGUCGUUACAAAGCUGUAACGAACACGGAUUGGAAACCUGGUAUUGUUUCAACAUUGAGGGAAACUCCCAAUGACAUCAACGAAGAUAUUAUAAAACAAGGAAAUAUUGUGCGCGAUUUGAAGUCUAAAAAAGCGACUAAAGAUGAAAUAGAUUCAGCCGUAAAAGUUUUAUUGAGUCUUAAAGAGCAGUAUAAGAAAGUAACAGGAACAGAGUGGAAACCUGGUAGUUCACAACCUCUUCCUAGUAGUGCAAUGCAACAGGCGAAAGAAUCUAAAAACACAAAAUCGAAACUUGUGUCGUCUGAAGGGGGUCAAGGCGACGUCAAUUUGAAUGACUUAGAUGAAUCAGUUAUUAAUAGUAAAAUAUGUGAGCAAGGCAACAAAGUUAGAAAUUUAAAAGCAGAGAAAGUUGACAAGUCAUUAAUUGAUAUUGAAGUAAAAAUGUUGUUAAAAUUAAAAGAGGAAUAUAAAAAAAUGACUGGAAGAGAUUGGACGCCUGGAGGGAAUACCACGACUAAUAAUUCUACUAGCAGAAAUACUGAAAAUAGUUCUGCUCUUACUGCGAAAAUCAGUGAACAAGGAAACUUAGUUAGACAAUUAAAACUUAAUGGAGCCAAAAAGGAAGAAAUUGAUGCAGAAGUUUCAAAAUUAUUAGCCCUUAAAAAUGAGUAUAAAAACUUAACUGGUACUGACUUUCCUUCUGGUGGAAAGACUGAAAAGAAAAAAGAACAAAAGCCAAAAGCUGCUACACAUCAAAAACCUAUUUCCAAAGAAAAAAAGCUCGUUGAUAGUGAAGGAAGUGGCGUAAAAAAGCAGACGAGGUUGGGCCUGGAAGCAAAAAAAGAAGAAGAUUUAGCAGAUUGGUAUUCACAAGUGAUCACUAAAGGAGAACUUAUAGAAUAUUACGACGUUUCUGGUUGUUAUAUUUUCAGACCGUGGGCGUUUGCUAUUUGGGAAGUACUCAAAAACUGGUUUGACAUAGAAAUAAAAAAACGGGGGGUCCAAAAUUGCUACUUUCCAAUUUUCGUAUCCAAAUCCGUUUUGGAAACUGAAAAAGCUCAUAUUACAGAUUUUGCCCCAGAGGUUGCAUGGGUGACAAAGUCUGGUGAUUCUGACUUAGCCGAACCCAUUGCAAUUCGUCCUACCUCAGAAACUGUAAUGUAUCCCGCAUAUGCAAAAUGGAUUCAAUCUUAUAGGGACUUGCCCAUCAGAUUAAACCAGUGGAAUAAUGUUGUGAGAUGGGAAUUCAAACAUCCUACGCCCUUUAUUAGAACAAGAGAAUUUCUUUGGCAAGAAGGUCAUACAGCUCAUGCAAACAAAGAAGAGGCUGAGGAAGAAGUUAAAUGUAUUUUAGAUCUUUAUGCACAAAUUUACACGGAACUUCUUGCUAUCCCGGUUAUUCCUGGUAAAAAAACGGUAAAAGAGAAAUUUGCUGGUGGAGAUUACACCUUAACAGUAGAAGCAUUUAUUUCCGCGAGUGGCAAGGGCAUCCAAGGAGCUACAUCGCAUUUCUUGGGUCAGAACUUUUCGAAAAUGUUUGAUAUUAUUUAUGAAGACCCUGAAACGCAAGAAAAGAAGUUUGUGUAUCAAUCUUCUUGGGGAUUUACCACUAGAACCAUAGGCGUCAUGAUUAUGAUUCAUGCGGAUAAUCAAGGUCUUGUCUUACCUCCAAAAGUGGCAAAUGUUCAAGUUGUUGUAGUGCCUUGCGGCAUCAGUGUUAAUUUAUCAGAAACAGACAGAAAAGAACUUCAAUCAUCCUGUGACCUUUUAGAAGAGGAACUUAAUAAAGUCGGAAUACGAGUUAAAGGAGACUACAGGGACAAUUACUCUCCUGGAUGGAAGUUUAAUCAUUGGGAGUUAAAGGGUGUUCCUAUUCGAGUCGAAUUGGGGCCUAAAGAUAUAAAAAAUAAACAACUUGUAGCUGUUAGAAGAGAUACUGGAGAAAAACUGAUAAUAAAACGCAGUAAUGCCUCGUCAGAUUUGAAACAGUUACUAGAAAGUAUACAGAAAAACUUAUAUGAUCGAGCACAAAAAGAUUUACAAAACCAUACUGUUGUGUUAACUGAUUGGUCUCAGUUCACAACUAAUUUAGAUAAUAAGAACAUCAUUUUAGCUCCAUUUUGUGGUAACACACUAUGUGAAGAUACAAUUAAAGCAGAAAGUGCCAGGGACGAAGUCGUAGAUGCGGGUGCACCAGCUAUGGGCGCGAAAUCCCUUUGCAUCCCCUUCGAUCAACCCGCUCCUAUUAAAUCUACUGACAAAUGCAUUCACCCUGAUUGCAAAGAAAAGCCGCAAUACUAUUGCUUGUUUGGUCGCAGUUACUGAAAUUUUGUAAGUUUUUAAUGUACAUUAAAAUAAAAUAAUUUCAAAAAAUUAAACAUUUAUUAACUGUG